AUGAUCACUUAAUUUUCACGAGUUCUCUUCAUCGAUCAAAAGAGGAUUUGCUUUCAGCUGGCUUUCUUUGUUUUUGACGGUUAUGACAAUUUUCCGUUUUUAUUUUUCAUUCUUUUACACAUACUGACAAAAUUUUCCGCAUUAUUGUGGGUAGUACGGUGAAGUAAGAUCACACAGCGAGCGGCUCUACCGACUGUAAAGCUGCGCUGACAGUGAAUGUUUACGUGAUCUUGUCGAGUAGAUCGUGGACUCGUGGUCGCGAUAUUGUCACAGCCGUUUACCAUUUGGAUUAAUAAAAAUGAAUAGUCUGGAGCAGGAGGUGCUUCAGAUCGAAGCCUUUUGCCGACAGUUGUACGAAGCGGCGAAUCCCGUGGUGCAGAAAGAGGCCGAGCGGGCUCUGCUGGGGUUCGCGGAGAGCCCGGAUUGCCUGCAGAAAUGUCAGAUGCUGCUGGAACGGGGCCAGUCGCCCUACUCCAUCGUGCUGGGCCUGAACACCCUCGUCAAACUCUGCUCCAAGCAGCCCAUGCUUCCACUUCUCCAACGCAUCGAAAUCAAAAAUUUUGUACUGAAUUUCCUCUAUUCCAAUCCCAAGUCCCUGCCGUACAUUAUGCAGGCGGCCACCAAAUUGUUUGCAACAAUCGUAAAAUACGGAUGGUAUGAUCGCGAAAAGGACGACUUUGUCUUUCGCAACGUCAUCGAUGAUGUGUCUAAAUUUAUCCAGGGAAGCAUGGAGCAAAGUGUCGUUGGCGUGCAAUUGUUGACUGCGCUGACCGUGGAAAUGUGUCAUGCUGGCGGGGGCGAAUCUUCGCGGUCAUUGACGACACAUAUCAAAACCUCAUCGGCUUAUCGUGAUAAUCAGCUGUAUGAUAUCUACAAACUGUCCUGCACAUUACUGGAUGGAGCGCUGAAAAAAUUGCAGAGUCAAAAUCUUGAUGAAACGCAGAGAUCGCUCUUCUCCAGUCUGCUCAGUUUGUCGCUAUCAUGCCUCUCCUUUGAUUUCAUCGGGACUGCCUUGGACGAGUCAGAUGAUUCCAAUACGAUCCAGAUUCCGGCUUCGUGGCGCACAACUUUUUUGGAUCUGGAGCAUUUGAAGCUGUUUUUUACGCUAUACGCCACCAUUCCGCCUGCAAUUGCGCAUUUGGCUCUUGGAGUUCUAAUCCAGUUGGCUUCGGUUCGUCGUUCCAUAUUCAGCAACACAGAGCGUUCAAAAUAUUUGAAUACGCUAAUCUUCGGUGUUCGGGAUAUCCUGGAAAGCCAUGCCGAUACCCUGGUUGAUCCGAGUUGUUACCAUGAAUUUUGCCGUCUUCUCUCUCGACUGAAAGCCAACUUCCAGCUGAGCGAACUUAUGGAGUCAGACAAUUAUAGUAGCUUUAUUCAAGAGGUUGCCAAAUUUACUGUGAUGAGUAUUCAGCAUCUUCAAUUCUCCCACAAUAGUCUGCACUAUAUUCUCAGUUUAUGGCAACGUUUGGUGGCAUCUAUGCCGUACGUGAAAUCCAGUCAGCCCUCACAUUUGGACACCUAUGCACCGGAAGUAUCGCGAGCUAUGAUUGUUGCUCAUCUGGAUAUGGUUACUCAUGUCAUCAAUGAUGGCUUUGAGGAUCCGAUUGAGGAUAUCGGACUGUUGCAGCAACAGCUGGAUCAGUUUGCUAUUAUCGUGCGGUGUGAAUACGAAAAGAACUGCUCCUUUAUGGUCCAGCUGUUUGAUCGCUCUGCACGUCUUUAUGAUGAUCUGCUCCGUAAGCAAGGAGGAGCCGAAAAUGAACUGUUGGUAGAAGAAGAGCGUUUGGCAUGGCUGGUGUACUUUAUUGGAGCCGCUGUCAGUGGACGGAUUGCUUAUGCGGCAUCCGAGGAAAGUGACGCCAUUGAUGCACAGUUGAUAUGCCGAGUGAUGCGGUUGAUGAGCUACACCGAUAGUCGACUGAACCGUCGGAAGAGCGAAAAAUUGGAGUUGUCACUGUUACAAUUUUUUGAAAGUUUCCGUAAAGUAUACAUCGGUGACCAGUCUCCCAAAGGGGUGUAUCGCGUAAUGAAGAAUGAACUGGGUAUCGAUGACGAACUGAUGGUGAUGAGUAUUAUGAUCCGCAAAAUUGUGACCAACCUAAAAUUUUGGGGGAACAGCGACAGCGUCGUAUCCCGUAGUCUGCAGCUUCUCAACGAUCUUUCUAUGGGAUACAGCAGUAUUCGACGUAUGGUCAAGCUGGAUGAAGUUCAGUUUUUGCUGAAAAAUCAUACGAGUGAACAUUUCUCGUUUUUGGGCGCUAAUUCUACAUUGGGUGAUUUGAAAUGCCGUACUGCAUUCUACGCCUCCUUAACGCGGCUGUUAAUCAUUGAACUGGCAGAGGAUGAGGAUAAACUGGAUGAGUUCAUGCGGCCAAUCGGAGUGGAAUUUGAGGAACUGGGUAGACUUAUGACCCACGCCGGUACUGCCAUGUUUAACGAGCGCGAAGCAAAACUGGCGGCAAUCGGCAUCGCGAGAGACCUCCGAGGAAUUUCAUCCGCUUUGCUGAACCGUACAUCAUAUAUUUUAUUCUUUGACUGGAUAUAUCCCAAGUACCUUAACGUGUGCCAGCGCGUUGUUGAAUAUUGGUAUUCGGACCCCGCUGUGACGACACCUAUGUUGAAAUUCAUGGCAGAAUUGGCACAAAAUCGCUCGCAGCGGAUACAGUUUGAUAUCUCGUCUCCAAACGGGAUCUUGCUCUUUAAAGAAAUUAGCAAGAUGUUCACCGUCUACGGUACGCGCAUGCUGACCAUUAGUGACAUUCCAAAACAGGAUUUAUAUCCCCGCAAGUUGAAGGGCGUCGCCGUGGCACUCACCAUGUUCAAAUACGCUCUCAUGGGCAAUUACUGCAAUUUUGGUGUUUUUCUGCUCUACGGUGAUCGCACGCUGGACGAGGCGCUACAAGUUCUCAUUAAACUGAUCACUUCAGUUUCCCACUCUGAUCUCCUGGAAUAUCCAAAACUCGGUCAGGCGUAUUACUCCUUACUCGACGUUGUCUCUCUGAACCACAUUGACUUCCUGAUCAAUGUGGAUCCUCCAGUGUUUUUAUACAUUCUUACCAGUAUUUCCGAAGGGAUAAAUUCUCUCGAAACUGUUGUGAAUUCAGCCAGCUGCUCCUCGUUGGACAACAUCAUCACCGCUUUAUAUAGGGAAAUUCAGCGUCGCCACAAGCAUCCUGAAUUGGCUGCCACCGAAAAUCGUUCCUCUGUGUUGCGCAUCUACGAAGUGCAGCCGCAGCUUUUCCAGCAGCUGAUGACAACAAUCUUACGCAUUGCUAUGUUCGAAGAAGGACGCAAUCACUGGAGUCUUUCACGGCCGUUAUUGGGUCUGGUCCUUCUCUGCGAUCAGCAUUUUCAAGAAUUGCAACCGCGCAUUAUACAAUCAUUUCCCGAAGACAAACGGGGUCAGGUUGCCAACUGCUUUACCAUCUUGAUGGAUGGAGUGGAGCGGAAUUUAUCAAAUAAGACUCGCGACAGAUUUACACAGAAUUUAUCUUUAUUCCGUCGUGAAUUAAACGAGACGCAGAAAGGGCUGGACAAUAGUAAUCCCAUGCUGGACUGGAUUGCUAUGCGUGAAGAGCUGGAUAAAUUUUGGCUGCGUCUGAACUCUGAGUUCACCGGCAGUGGAGGUGCGUUCGUCGAUUUUGAAUGAAAAAACAAUGGAUUGAAUGGCGCAUGCAAUGUGAAAUGGUCCUGAUCUACGAACCACCAUCCAGCAAGACUGUGAGUUUUCUCAUGUGACGUGCUGUGGCACUGGACACGGCUAGCCCCAGUUUAUAUUGAUUGUUUGUCGUUUUUUGGCGGGGUUAUUUUGUGGACUGCAGAAUUUUCCUUCGUUUUUACGCUUUAUUUGUCAUCUGUUGCAAUGGCCUGCGGUUCAGGCCUUUCGGUUUUUUGUAUAGGAUCAACCCGCUCAGUGCAGCUCUCGGAAACGAACAGACUAUUGAAUUUUUAUGUUCGGUGUACAGAGAGAAGCGGGGCUGGUUAUUUCGAGUUUCAUCUGUGAAUCUACUAUAAAGACGAUGCGUACGUUG